CGAAAUAAUAUUUAUCCUUUUAACUUUGUGUAUAAUAAAAUAAACAAUUCUUGUUUGUAUGAAAUAAAGCCAAACAGAGUUUUAUUGUUAUAGAAACUGUGAAAGUAUAUCACGACUUUCAAUAGAAGCACUAUUUUUCUCAUCGAUCUGGAAUCAAGUAAGAUGACCAAAUACUCGUCCCACUCUUUAAUUAAAAGAAAUGUGCUAAUUUAUUGUUGCAUACGUUUGUCCUAAUGGUGUCUUUCCUAAGAAAUCCAUUAGAGCUAUUUGCUGUAUCCUCGUCCUAGGUUGGUGAAAAUUGACUCAGCUCUAAAUCGGUGUUAUUAAAUAGCUGUUAUUGUAUUCAACAGUUAUGUAAACCGCUCCAAUUAACACGUCUAAACAGUUCAAGCACAUUUUAAUGUCACAUCUUCACACCUAGUCGCAAUCCCGCCAUGGCAAUUCACAAACAUGUAAUUUCUGUCGUAACUCUAGUACUAGUAGUACAAAAUAGUGCCGAUGAUAAGUUCAGGUAUCCAAAUUGGAAGUUUCAUUUUUUGCCUGGAACUGCGAUGGGGUUGUUCAUGGCAAUCGCUGUACCUUUAGAUUUACCAAAUAAAAACGCCUAUUUGGCGUACAAUUUCGAAGCGAAUUACCCUCUCCCUGGAAAUCAGACGUAUUUCGAGUACCCUCCGUUAAUCCAGCGAAGAAUUGACCGGAAGUUGAUUUACACAGCUUUGGAGACAAAAAUGGAGUCGAAUGGGUAUCCCGGCCGUGCCUGCUUACUACGGACGAUUUGUGAAGCGGCUCAACACAGUACACAGUACGCAAAUGGCAUUUUAGGUGAUAUUAUACAUUUUGUCUUCACGCCAUCAACUUCUAACAAUACUGGACUACUAUCGGUUUAUGAAGAAGCGGAGAAACAAGGAAGUACGCAAAGUGAUUGUAGAAAAUAUAAUAAAAAUUGUACAGUUAGUUUCCUAGAUCUAAUUAGUUGGAUAGGACAUUCGGUGUAAUGAAACUAAUGAAAGACAGUUAUUUUCAAUAAAAAUUUAUUUCACUUCCAAGGCAAUAGAGCACAUGACACAUAU